AUGGCAUCCGAUAUUGCUGCUCAACCUCGUCUACUAUGGAAACCACUUUCAUCAUCGGGAAUGAACCUGAAAAGGCUCAUUCAGACGGUGAACAAAAAACACGGCCUCUCAAUCAACGACUACAAGUCUCUGUGGGAAUGGUCAACCAGUUCAGCGACUGCGCCUCUUUUCUGGAUGGAUCUUUUUGACUUUUUGGACAUCAAAUCUCAUGGUCAACCGACAUGCGCUUUCAAAACUACGGGACCACCUCCCGUGCCCAUGUAUCCCCCUCCUAGUUUCUUCCCAGGAGUUAGAAUGAACUUUACUGAGAAUAUCCUGGCCCACCAUCAACCAGAUGACGUCGUCUUACAUGUCGUGCCCGAAGGAGGUGAAACCUCCCGCGAUGUCACUUGGCGUGAACUUCAUAUCGAAGUUUCCCGUUUGGCCAGUGCGAUGGUUGCAUCUGGAGUCAAGACAGGCGAUCGCGUCGCCGCUGUCAUCUCCAAUUGUCAGGAAGCCAUCACUUGUUGCCUUGCCGCCCUGUCUCUCGGAGCGAUAUGGUCAAGCUCUUCACCGGACAUGGGCGUGGAAGGAGUCCUAAGCCGGCUGAAUCAAAUUCGACCCAAACUCGUCUUUUGCGAAAGUGAGGUGGUGUACAAUGGAAAGCGCAGGAACCUGUUGCCACGACACUGCGCUUGGGCUGAGGUACUAAACGAGAACACCAACUUGGGCCAGGUUAUUGUCAUUCCUCGCCAAGACCGACUACCCUCAGCUCUUGGCCCUAAGAUGAUCUCAUGGGACCAAUUUCUAUCCCGAGACACCGGUAGGACCCUCGGCUUCGCACAACUACCUUUCAACCACCCCGCCUUCAUUGUUUACUCCUCGGGGACAAGCGGCCUCCCCAAGUGCAUUGUGCAUUCUGCUGGUGGCCUGUACAUGCAAGUCAGGAAGGAUUCGUUUCUUGGCUAUGACGUUCACCCCGGUGACUCCAUUCUCCAAUACACCACAACCGGUUGGGUGAUGUGGGCCAUGGUUUUGGUGUCUCUGUCUUUCGGCGGCAGAGUCGUGGUUUAUGAUGGCUCCCCAAUGUUCCCGGAUAAUUUGGUUCUCCCGAGAAUAGUCGAGCGUCUGCGCGUCAAUGUGUUUGGCACAUCGGCAAAAUUUCUGUCUCUACUCAUGGCAAGUGGGACAAAGCCUAAAGACCAGGUGGACCUUUCAAGCCUCCGUACCGUCACAUCAACUGGAAGUACGUUGACCGCGCAAGUUGCGAGCUGGUUCUACGACGAAGGAUUUCUGCCGGAUAUUCACCUUGUUUCUACAUGCGGUGGCACUGAUCUUGCGUGUUCUUUGAUAUCCGGAGCCGCCAUUAUGCCCUUGUAUGCAGGAGAGAUACAAGUACAAUCACUUGGUAUGGCUGUGGAUUUGUUUGAAGUCGACAAUGAGGCCGGGGAGUCGAUAAUGAAUACUGGCAUUGCUGGAGAGCUCGUAUGCAAGCAACCAUUUCCAAGUCAGCCCGUGGGCUUCUGGGGCGACGAAGUGGGCGAGAAGUAUAAGAACUCUUACUUUUCCCUGUACGGAGAUUCUAUUUGGAAUCAGGGCGACUUUGUGUCUCGCAACCCAAUUACUGGAGGAUACGUGACACAUGGAAGAUCAGACGGAGUACUGAAUCCAGCUGGUGUUCGGUUUGGAUCCGCCGAGAUCUACAAUGUCGUGGAGCAAGAUACCCAGAUUGGCGACAGUGUCUGCGUAGGACAGCGGCGUCUAAGCGAUGCCGACGAAUCUGUGGUUUUAUUCUUGAAGAUGGCUCCUGGCUACAAGUACAAUCACGCGGUUGUUCGCAGGGUUCGGGAGGCAAUACGAUCCAGCCUCAGCCCACGACAUGAGCCUCGCUUUGUGUUCGAGGUGCCAGACAUCCCAUACACUAACAACGGGAAGAAAAUAGAGAUUCUCAUUAAGAAGAUUAUCAGUGGGAAGAUGGAGAAAGCCAGUCCGACGGUAGCGAAUCCGGAAUGCUUGGAAUUCUAUAAGCAGUUCGUCAACAUUGAGGAGGCGGCUGCAAAGCAGGAGCAGAGCUGGAACAAGGCUCUUCUAUAA